UUCUUCGAGUUGCCACUCCUCGCAACGGUUGGCUUGAAAAGCAGCAGGGCCCGUGCGUGUCAAGGAUGUCGUCGCAACGGAUGGAGAGCCAUCAGCCAAGUGGAGCAGACGGUCAAAGUGAAUUGUCGGCAAGUUGCUUGACAGGAGCGGCCAAUAUGUCGGCCACUCCUUUCUCCUUGGCCGGCACGAGACGGACAAAUAACGAGUCAUCUUUUUUCGAUAAUAUCCGUCGUCCAUCUUCAUCCAUCCAUCACGACGGACCGGCCUCGAAAUGGACGGGUAGUGGACCAACAUCCGGCAAGACUACCAACAGCGUCUUCAACUUGCGUUUCACUUCGGCCAGCACGAUUACUAGCGACAGUCCGUGCGAUCAAGAGAUAUUUGCCCAGCCUAGUGGACGGGCGCCCCGCAGUUCGGCAACUCCCAGUUUAUUCGCCGCACUGACAACCCCCGGUCACAGCAGAUCGGCCGCUCCUCUUCGUUCGCCUCUCCCGGACGUCCAGUCUCAGCUGUUUCGCAACGCUGCUAGUGAGCUGUCGGCUCAUAGUUUACCACCACCGUCGACACCUCGAACUCCUGGAACUCACGGGGGUCCACCGGCCAUUACGCCUCGAUUAACAGCAGGACGGACGACUGUUGCAACUCCUUCCGUUGCCGCCACACCUAAAACCGGCCGUCCUCGUCGUGAUGACAACGUGAUCGUUGGUUUGGUGCAUGGACGAGGAUUUGCCCGCAACGAAGUCGGAAUGGCUGCGAUAAACUUGACGGCAUGUGAACUUCACUUGUGUCAGAUGACCGAUUCUCACGGCUUCGUGAAAACUUUGACGAAAAUGAAUUUAUUCCGUCCAACUGAGGUGUUAAUGCCCGACACGGCCCUCGUGCCCGGUUCGCCCUCGCCACUCGCGCAAGCUGUUAGCCGUUUCGAUGCUGACAUCGUCAUGACUGCCGUUAAUCGUGGCGCAUUUAACGAUACGGAAGGCAUUCAUUGCGUCCAAAAAUUGGCCGUCGUCGAUCACCUGAACAUUCUCGUCUUGAUUGAACAAAAGUAUUACGCCCUCGCUUCCGUCUCGGCUUUGAUGGCUCACCUGGAAAACAAUUUGAAUAUGAUGUUUGCUCCUGGGACAUUACGAGUCUACUACUCUGGCACGGAUAAGACUGCCAUCAUAGAUUCGGAAACAGCCAACCGACUGGAAGUGGUGAGCAGCUUGAACCCAACGGGGGGUCCGUCUCUACUUUCGGCCCUGAACGCGUGCCAAACAGCGGCCGGUAAGCGGCUCCUCCGUUCAAAUUUACUGGAACCCAUGACGGACCGGGAGGCCAUCCGUCAGCGUCUGGAUGCCGUCGAGGAGCUUGCGUCACGUCCUACCGACCUCCACCAGCCCAUCAAGGAGAUCCUGUCCAGGUUUGUCGAUGUCGAGCGCGCUGUGAACCAGUGCGUCGUUGUACCGAAAAAUCCUAGCCCGUCGUUCGUCGAACAGCGAAUCAACGCCGCUGUUGCCCUCAAGCACAUUCUAUCACUAGUGGCACCUCUCGGAGAUGCACUAGCCAAAGCCAACAGCCCAUUGAUUGUCUCCUUGGCUAAAGAAUUGGCCACCGUCAAUGACGAGGCCUUGCUGUCGCGCAUUCAGGACGUUUUGGACGAGCGGGUGAAACCUGUCAAAGGGAAAAUAGGGAUGCAGCGGCAGCGUUUCCGGGCCAUCAAAAUCGGCGUUGAUCUCAUGCUGGAUGUCUGUCGGCGGACACAUAACGAUCUCCAAACGGAAAUGGAAGAAUACGUCGAGGACCUGUCGCAGAAAUAUCAAAUGCCUUUGACAUUGGCCAAUACGGCAGUGCGCGGCUAUCAUUUGCAACAGACGUUGGGUCAAACGAGGAAGAAAGGCGACACCAACUAUCAACCUCCACCGCCACCUCCUGAAUUGCCGCCCGUCUUUGUGUGCGUAAAGAAGCAAGGGAACUGCAUCGCAUUCACGACCCAACACCUCCUCGUGUCCAACGAACGUAUCAAAUCUGUCGAGAAGGACAUUGAGAAGAUCACCAACGUAGUUAUUGAAGAUCUAUUGGCCAAGACCCGCAGCGACAUUGGAUCUCUGUAUAAAUUGCGUGAAAUCAUUUGCCAAUUGGACGUGAUCGUGUCGUUUGCCCAUGUCAGCUCUGCCGGUGGAUUCUGUCGGCCCGCAUUCGCCAAUGAGCUCGUCAUCCGUUCCGGUCGCCAUCCGAUCCUGGAUCGCUUUUCACCUAGCGCUUUGGUCUCUAACGACACGGAAAUGAGCGUGGAAUCUAAUUUCCAUGUCAUCACCGGGGCCAAUAUGAGCGGCAAAAGCACCUACAUUCGCCAAGUGAUGCUGCUUCAAAUAAUGGCUCAGAUUGGAUGUUUUGUUCCGGCUAGCAGCGCUUCAUUCCGGAUUGUUGAUCAAAUGUUUUCCCGGCUCGGCACUCACGACCGUUUGGAAAGCAACGCCUCCUCCUUCACGCUCGAGAUGACGGAGAUGAACUAUAUUGUUCGCAAUGCUGGCCCAAAGUCUUUGGUGAUCAUCGAUGAGCUGUGCAACGAAACGGCGGCCGAUCAAGGCAGUGCCAUCUGUUGGAGCAUUUGCGAAGCACUGAUCAUGACGCAAGCCUGGGUUAUGAUUGCCACUCACACGCCACUUAUCACUAAAUUGCAGGAUCUCUACUUUAACGUUUCAAAUUACCACAUGGAAGUCCUUGAAGAAGAGCGUGCGGAUGGGCGAUCCAAGCUAGAUUACACUCAUGUGAUCCGGCCGGGCGUCACGCAGUUGGAGAAUUACGGCAUGAAAUUGGCAUGCAUGUUGGCCUUCCCUCCUGAAAUUCUGAGCAGAGCCAACGAGCUGAUUCCGAUUUUAACCACCAACCUGAAGCCGGUGCCGGAGACGACCUUUGACUUCAAGAUGAACAAACUCAACUAUGCGCUACACGGGAAGCUGCUAGAUGUCGGUCGCCGGAUGGACUCGCUGCCCGAUCAGACCUUUUUGAUGGAAUUGCUGCGCGUUCGUAACGCUUACAAGGAGGAGCUCAAUAAGAUUAUGGCUGAACACCAGGCCCAGUAAAGCAGUUGAUGGAUACCAACGCCCGUUUCCGUUUCACGCGACAGAAUUUUCGUUUACCUUUUAAUUUUUGUUACUGUUCACUUCGAAGUUGUGUGAACAUUAUUUUGUAUUCUUUUAGGGCCAGCUGAAGAUCUGUAAUAGUCAAUAAUGGAUGAAUGGCUGCUAAUGGGCUUUGCUGAUUGGGUCACUGACAGAAGGAGAAUACCAUUCAUUCUACAUGGCCGUCUCGUGUGCUAGAUUGAGUAUUCGAACGCAAAUGCCGUUACUUGUAGACAUCGGAACUCGAUUAGUGUGCAACGCGCCAUUCUUCAGUUAUUUCCUUGCUAGUUCCAUGCGUAAUUGAUUUGGCAGCAACGUCAGACUUUCCGUCUGUUUCAACGACGGCCCUAUACACAACAAAAAAAAAAUGUGGACGGGCGAAAUACAUGGCCAAAGGGGAGGGAAAAUGCAAUGACGAGAUCACGCGGGCCCGUUUCUUUUGUCUAACGUCAGCUGACGUUGUUGUUAUUGUCGUCGUGAAUGCGAAUAGGCCGUGCGGGAGACAGAGUAUGCGCAU